GAGAUCACCAUCUCGGUCCAAGUCGAGGUCAAGGUCAAGGUCUCGGUCCCCUUCUCAUUCUAGACCAAGACGGCGUCAUAGAUCAAGGUCAAGGUCUUACUCCCCUAGAAGGCGGCCAAGCCCAAGACGACGGCCCUCUCCCAGGAGAAGAAGCCCACCAAGGCGAAUGCCUCCACCACCCAGACACAGAAGAAGCAGAUCCCCAGUGAGAAGGAGAAGAAGGUCAUCAGCAUCUUUAUCUGGAAGUAGUUCGUCUUCCUCCUCUUCGCGUUCGCGAUCGCCACCAAAGAAACCACCAAAAAGAAUUGUAUCCAGUCCUCCUCGUAAGACGCGUAGACUCUCCCCUUCUGCAAGUCCUCCAAGGCGGAGGCACAGACCAUCCCCACCAGCGAGUCCACCACCAAAACCACGUAGGUCUCCAACCCCACAACAGACGAAUCGUGCAAGAAAAGGCCGUGGCUCUGUUUCUCCAGGCAGAACAUCAGCACCUAAACAUAAGAAUCCUGAAAAAAGAGAGUCUCCAUCACCAGCACCAAAGCCUAGGAAAGUAGAAUUGUCUGAAUCAGAAGAAGAUAAAGGUGGUAAAAUGGCUGCUGCAGAUUCUGUGCAGCAGAGACGUCAGUACAGAAGGCAGAACCAGCAGUCUUCAUCUGGUACACCACUACUUUACUCUGGUUCAUCAUCUUCCUCUGAAGAGGAACGACCUAAAAGAUCAAAUGUAAAGAAUGGUGAAGUGGGUAGGCGCAGGCGACACUCGCAUUCACGGAGUCCGUCACCUUCUCCACGAAAACGGCAAAAAGAGUCCUCCCCUCGGAUGCAGAUGGGAAAGAGGUGGCAAUCACCAGUGAUUAAAAGUAGGAGGAGGAGAAGUCCGUCCCCGCCUCCAGCCAGAAGACGACGCUCACCUUCCCCAGCACCUCCACCAAGACGGCGCAGAUCACCAUCGUUACCUAGGCGAAGGUCUCCAUCGCCACCUCCACGCAGACGCUCACCUUCUCCCAGAAGAUACUCUCCUCCAAUACAACGACGAUACUCUCCUUCUCCUCCCCCGAAGAGAAGAACCACUUCUCCCCCUCCCCCACCAAAGCGAAGAGCAUCACCUUCGCCACAGUCAAAACGCAGAGUCUCGCAUUCUCCUCCACCAAAACAAAGAAGUUCUCCAGCUGCAAAGAGACGUUCUCCAUCUCUAUCUUCCAAGCAUAGGAAGGGAUCUCCCCCCAGCAGGUCUAAUCGUGAAACCCGAUCCCCCUUACAAAACAAACGGCAUUCACCUUCACCACGGCCUAGAGCUUCUCAUACCUCUGCAAGUCCACCACCGCUGCGAAGGGGAGCUUCAUCUUCACCCCAGAGAAGGCAGUCUCCAUCUCCAAGCACUCGACCCAUCAGAAGAGUGUCAAGAACCCCAGAACCCAAGAAGACAAAGGCUUCCACACCAAGUCCGCAGUCAGCGAGAAGAGUGUCUUCAUCCAGGUCUGCAUCAGGAUCACCUGAGCCAGCACCUAAGAAACAUCAAGCUCCUCCAUCCCCAGCUCGGUCUCGGUCCCCUUCCACUAACUGGUCUCCACAACCUGUGAAAAAGGCUAAAAGCCCCACGCAGAGUCCAUCACCUGCAAGGAAUUCUGAUCAGGAAGGUGGGGGGAAGAAGAAGAAGAAAAAGAAGGAUAAGAAACACAAAAAGGAUAAAAAGCACAAGAAACACAAAAAACACAAGAAAGAGAAGGCUGCUGCAGCAGCGGCUGCUGCUGUAGUGGCAGCUACUACCACGUCACCACAGGAGGACAAAGAAGCAGAGACAGAACCUAAGAAGGAGACUGAAAGUGAAGCUGAAGAUAAUCUGGAUGAUCUAGAAAAGCAUCUGCGAGAGAAGGCACUGCGAUCAAUGAGGAAGGCACAAGUGUCACCACCGUCUUAGGCUGAAACCUUUGAUAUAUGUACAUUUUAUUUGGUUUGUACUCAGAAUUCAAUUUCAAAUUGCUAAAACGUGUUUGAGCUUUAGAAUAUAACAUUUGUUGUAAUUGCUAGGUUGAGGUUCACCAUGUAAAAGGGCAUGGAUUUACAUUACAAAAGGUGUCCACAGUGUACUAGUGACAUUCUUUCAUUGACAGCUGACGUUAUUUCAUUUAGAGUAAGACAUUUUCUUUAGAAGCAGUAAGAUUUUUUUUUUUAAUAGGUUUUAAACAUUGUUGGCAACUCCGCAGUUUCUUUAAAAUGACCAAAACGUAUACAGUAUUUACAAAGUUCACGUUUCGGAGUUUAUUGCAUCUACUUGCGUUAAACUACCAACCUUUGUGGGUUGUAGAUUUACCCAGAAGCAAAACCACUGAAUUAUCAAAGGUGUACAUACAGAUAUUUUAAUGCCAUAAUCUUUGUUCUUUAAUGUUGCCUGUAUAGCCUCCAUUAAAGUGAAUCAAGAAUAGAAAUUUAGAAUGGUGCAUAAAUGAAAGCGUAUUGUUUGCCAGGACACUGUGGGUUUAUAUUGAUGUAACAAGUUGAUUUGGAACACUGGAAUUUCAUUUGUAUUCUUAUGUUCUUUUUUUAAAGGGCAAUUUCCAUGAUCAGCAGUCCCAGAAAAGUUCCUUCAGUUACAUAAAUUUUAUUUGUGAGAUGAUGUCGUUGCCCCAUUCAUAAUUCUUGUCUCGUUGCGGUUCUUCUGAAUGAUAUACUUUCAGAGCUGUGGUCUUUGAAAACCUGGAGAACCUGAACUUUGGAUAUUGUCAUGUUUUCACUGUUUUUUGUUUUUGUUUUUUUUAACUAAAGCUAUAUAAAGCUUGUGGAUUAAACAAAAAUAAAUUUCUAAAUUUAAA